AUGACGCACCGUGCUUCGAUGGCUGUGGCACAUGGUGCACUACAAAGAUUGCCGUAUGUACGCACGGCAUCGGAAAUUCAGGAGAUGAAGUUCUGGCGCGCUCCUAUGCGUGAAAGUCACCGUAUUGUGGACCCUGUCAAGCGUGCCAAAAAUCAAACGUCGCGUCUUAUUAACAUGCAGCUAAGCAAACUUUCUAGUGUCACGCGACAGACAUCUUUGAGAUUUCCACCGUUACAGCGGAUGCAUCCAUUUGAACGGGAAGUGGUGAUGCUUACACUGGGCAAAGGAACAUAUGAAAAGCACGUCCAAUUGCUCCGGAGAGUGUAUGCGGUGCUGCAUAACACGGGCAAGCUGUAUGAGCGCAAGUGUCAGCUGUUGCGCACCAAGCAAGAGGCGGCGGACUGUGGAUUGCAGUGCAUUGAGGAGCUUAAAAAUAUUGUAGAUAGCAAUGCAGAGACACUGCAGGAGGCUGCAAACAUGGCGAAGAUUCUUCGCGGCCUUCCUCAUGUGGACCUCGACAAGCCCAUUUUUUCUUUCGUUGGAGCCCCGAACGUUGGAAAGUCUUCAUUGGUGCGAGCUUUAUCGACAGCUUCUCCAGAGGUGGCAAAUUAUCCGUUUACCACACGCGGUAUAACAAUGGGUCACAUCUUCGUUGAAGGUAUUUCGUACCAGAUUGCCGACACCCCCGGAUUAAUUUUUCGACCAGACGAACGACGAAACGCUAUCGAGAAGCUCGCAAUUGCCAUGGUGGAAAAGACGCAAGCUUCCAUCGGCUUUGUAUUUGAUCCAUCUAGCUCCUCCAAUGCAUCAACAGUCGACCAGAUCCUGCUUCGAAACGAACUUCGACACCGCGUUAUGGCAGCUCGUCCUCAGCAUAAAUGGAUCGACAUCAUUUCGAAAAUUGACCAGCCGUCGAGCGAUUUAGCUUCACUGAAAAAGAGAUUGGGGUCGUCGCCGUACUUUUCCGUCUCGAGUCGGACGAACGAGUGUCUUACGGAGCUUGGGGAUGGAAUUCGUCGAGUCCUUAUUCAAUCCGAAUUAAAGGACAGUCUGUAG